UGUUGUGUUCUUCCGGACUAGCUAACAGGCUACCGCAGCACUGGUAGCCACCAUAGCGACUCGAGAGGAAUCCACCAGUUUUCCUUCUGUACAGUAUAUAUUUAGAUUAAUUAAUAACAACAGGGAGUUUAAUGAACUUUGCGUAUCUGUUAUUCUACGACUGGAUAUUUGGGCUGUAAACCUGGGGUACCCACACCUUUUGAGUGUACUCUGCAGGCCCUGGGUCCCAUCCUGAGAUUCACCUGUCACAGGAGGGGCUCUUCAGAGCAAGGGCCCAAACUGCUAGUAAGAAAACUUGCAGCAAGUUUUCUGGAGGCUUUUCACAGUCAAGAUGUCAUCCAUCUUGCCAUUCACCCCACCAGUGGUGAAGAGGCUUUUAGGCUGGAAGAAGUCCACCAGUGGACCAGGUGUUGCAAGUAGCGGGGAGCAGAACGGUCAAGAUGAGAAAUGGUGUGAGAAGGCUGUGAAGAGCCUAGUGAAGAAGCUAAAGAAGACAGGCCAGUUAGAUGAACUGGAGAAAGCUAUCACCACACAGAACUGCAACACAAAAUGUGUCACCAUCCCAAGCAAUUGCUCUGAAAUAUGGGGACUGAGUACACCAAAUACGAUAGAACAGUGGGAUACAUCAGGCCUAUACAGCUACCCUGACCAAACCAGAUCCCUAGAUGGCCGUCUGCAGGUCUCCCACAGAAAGGGGCUUCCCCACGUUAUUUACUGUCGCUUAUGGCGAUGGCCGGACCUCCACAGCCACCAUGAGCUGCGUGCCAUUGAGGCCUGUGAGUAUGCCUUCCACCUGAAGAAGGAUGAAGUCUGCAUCAACCCCUACCACUACCAGAGGGUGGAGACGCCAGUGCUGCCUCCUGUUCUUGUGCCAAGACACCCCGAAAUCCUACCAGAUCUGCCACCUCUUGAUGACUACACUCAUUCCAUACCUGAGAACACAAACUUUCCUGCAGGAAUCGAACCCCCAAACAACUAUAUACCAGAGACGCCUCCACCAGGUUAUAUCAGUGAGGAUGGAGAGACAAGUGAACAACAGAUGAAUCAAAGUAUGGACACAGGUUCUCCAGCAGAACUCUCCCCGAGUACGCUGUCACCUGCCAACCACAGCAUGGACCUGCAGCCAGUGACGUACUCCGAGCCAGCCUUCUGGUGCUCUAUAGCGUACUACGAGCUCAACCAGCGUGUGGGGGAGACGUUCCACGCCUCUCAGCCCUCGCUAACAGUCGAUGGCUUCACAGAUCCAUCAAACUCCGAACGAUUUUGUCUGGGCCUGCUGUCUAACGUAAACAGGAACGCCACUGUGGAGAUGACUCGACGGCACAUAGGAAGAGGAGUUAGACUUUACUACAUUGGAGGGGAGGUGUUUGCUGAGUGCUUGAGCGAUAGUGCUAUUUUUGUCCAGAGUCCGAACUGCAACCAGCGGUAUGGCUGGCAUCCAGCAACAGUGUGUAAAAUUCCUCCAGGUUGCAAUUUAAAGAUCUUUAACAAUCAAGAGUUUGCUGCCCUGCUGGCACAGUCAGUCAAUCAGGGCUUUGAAGCCGUCUACCAGCUCACAAGGAUGUGCACCAUCCGUAUGAGCUUCGUUAAAGGCUGGGGAGCAGAGUAUAGGCGGCAAACUGUCACAAGCACUCCGUGCUGGAUCGAGCUCCAUUUGAACGGUCCCCUGCAAUGGCUGGACAAAGUUCUGACCCAGAUGGGUUCCCCGACUGCACGCUGCUCCAGUAUGUCCUAAACAGCAAAGGAACGCCCAAAUAAGCCCAUUACAAAGAUGAUUAGUGUCUAAACACGAGUUUCCAUGACCGAAGAAUGUCACAAAGUCUGGUUUUGUAACAUACUUCACAGUAUUUGUGGCCCAGUUUCACACCCCUGUUUAAAUCACACACACACACACACACACACACACACACACACACACACA